UAACUAAUAAUGAAAACUUUUCGAGAAAAUUUCAAAUCCCCGCGUAUGCCAGCUAUACCACUGCAAAACCAAUGCCUGCAACAGUAUAAACUUUUAGAACGCGUAUUUCUCUUCCAUCUCUCGGCAGGUCUGCAGCCCUUGAUUUGCACCGAUUCAUGACAUUUUUUUUCUGCUUCACACACCCUGUCAGAAAUCAGUGACAUAGAAACUCUAAGAUUUCAGAUCUCUGCUAGUGAACAGAACUAGAAACCAGACACAUAGAGAAACGCUCAGAUAACUUCAGAUCUCUGCUGGUAAACGACUUUAGUUUUGUCAAAUUUUACGGCCAGAUGAUGUUGUUCGGUGCAAGACUGUACGCCUGUUCCGCGAUCUGUCUGCUGUCUCUGAUUUAUCUGACGGCUUUUUCGGGCCCAACUGCAGCUCAGUUUAUUUCAGAGGGGGGUUCACUUUUGCAUGGUGUGGGAGGAAGAAGCUUGUUGCAGACCAAAACAAACUGCCCAGUGGAUUUCGAGCGCCAGAAUUACACUAUCUUAACAAGCCAGUGUAAAGGUCCAGAUUAUUUACCAAAGCUUUGCUGCGCUGCAUUCAAGCAAUUUGCUUGCAAAUUUGCACAAUAUAUAAAUGAUCUAUCAAAUGAAUGUGCUGAUACAAUGUUCAGCUACAUAAACUUACAUGGAAAGUAUCCACCAGGUCUCUUUGCAAACACGUGCAAAGAAGGUAAAGAGGGCUUAGCAUGUGAUGCAGAAGCACCUGAUGGAAGUCAAAAUGACUCAAGUGGUUCAAAUGCAUACCACUCGGUGCUAAAUUUCUCAGUUGCCUGCUGCAUUUUAAUAAUAAAUUUGCUGGGAGUAUUUGUAGCAUAAACAUUUGAGCACUGUGCUUUUCAGAUCAGUAAUUUUCUUCUUAAAAUGUUAACUCAGUGUAUAAGUUCUCUUUUCCGCUAUUAGUUUCUUGUAUUUGGUUUGCCCUUUCUUUGGUCAGGCAAUGCGAAACCUCUAGAUUGGAGGUUGAUGUAUCUGCAAUUUUUUAAAUGCUAAUUCUUGUUUUUACAAAAUGA